UUAAUUUUCGUGAACUAGAUGAUAAGAUCAUCAAUGCCGAAGAUGAUAAUAAAAAAACUAUUCUAGAAGAUAUAUCGAAUUCUCUAGUUAAUGAUAAAAUUUGGGAGCACUUUCCAGGCCAAAACAAAGUUUCAGAGGCUAAUCUUAGAAAAAGGAAGGAAAGGGCAAUAAAAAUCUUUAAACUCUUUGAUGGGGUUGGAGGGGAAGAAAAGAUAUAUUGUAUUAAGUUUUUUUCUGUAUCAACUAUUUUGAGACUAGGCGUGGAUGAUAUUGAUUAUGUAAAAGCUAAGUUCAAUGAUGCCUUCGAAGGUAUUCAUAGUGUUUAUAAAAUAAGAAUAGAAAGAACUUCCCUUACUGACCGAGAAAUCAGUUGUAAUAUAGCUGAUUUAAAAAGACAACUUGGGGCAUGUUCUUCUCCAUUUGCUGAAGAAUUACAAAUAGAGCUAAACAACUUACCCGAAUCAGAUUUAACAUAG